CUUCUUAUCUCUCGGUUUAACAAAGAGAGACAAUAUAAAUGGGUCUAAGCAAUACUAUUCCCUUGCUUUUGCUCUCGAUUUUGAUGUUUGGGGUUUUGGGUAAUGCUCAGCUUACCUCUGAUUUUUACUCCACGACCUGCCCUAAUGUCACAGUCAUUGCUCGGAGCCUGUUGGAGCAAGCAAGCCGUAGCGACGUUAGACUCACUGCUCAAGUCAUGCGCCUUCACUUUCACGACUGUUUCGUGAACGGGUGCGAUGGUUCGGUACUAUUGGAUGCUGCUCUGGCGGAUGGAGUAGAGGGUGAAAAGGAAGCUUUCCAAAACGCUGGCUCUCUUGGCGGUUUCGAGGUGAUCGAUGAAAUCAAAACCGCUCUCGAGAAUGUUUGCCCUGGAGUUGUCUCUUGUGCCGAUAUCCUUGCUAUCACAGCUGAAAUAUCUGUCUCACUGGCGGGAGGACCGUCAUGGGACGUAUUGUUAGGAAGGAGAGAUGGUCGGACCGCCAACCGUGACGAUGCGGUGGCUGCACUUCCACUAGGACCUGACUCUCUCGAUAUCCUUACCACUAAGUUCUCUGAACAUAAUCUUGACACUACCGAUUUGGUCGCUUUAUCUGGUGCUCAUACCUUCGGGAGGGUUCAGUGUGCAGCGAUAACCAAUCGUGUGAACAAUUUUGAUGGUAUCAACGGACAGUCGGACCCGAGUGUUGAACCGGCAUUCUUGCAAACGUUGCGACGACAAUGCCCGCGAGGCGGAAGUCCCACCGCCUUAGUAAAUCUUGAUCCUACGAGCCCUGACUCAUUUGAUAACGACUAUUUCAAGAACCUUCAAAACAACCGUGGAGUACUUGAAUCAGAUCAAAUCUUGUUUUCCUCAAGAGGAGCUCCCACUGUACCUUUGGUGAAUCGUUUCGCAGAGAACCAAAGUGAGUUCUUUAGAAUCUUUGCUAGAUCGAUGAUCAAGAUGGGAAACGUAAAGACUCUCACGGGUACUGAAGGUGAGAUUCGUAGAGACUGCAGACGGGUCAACUAAUUUUAAUUGUAUCAUUGCAUCUUCAAGUGAUCAAAUAUUAUUUGUUGUGAUACAUGGAAUAAGUGGUAGCAAAUUUGUGCUUUUCCACAACUUUUUUUUUUCCGUUGGAUUUUGUUUUACU